CGUCCGUCAUUCUGAAAACCCCUUCGUCAAACAUAUUGGUAUUGUCCCCACACGCGCGAAAGUUUUGUAACAGUCAUGGCGUCGAAGGCAGGUCGUCGAGGGACAAAGCGUAAGGCGGAGGCUCAGCCGAAGGAGGAGAAACCAUCCGUGGAGGAGAAGAGGGACAGAGGAGACGGGGAGAACGACCAGGAGGGCCAAAGGGUGGUCAUUGAACACUGUAAGAGCUGACGAGUGUAUGGGCGUAAUGCCGAGGAGGUGAAAUCAGCCCUCCUGGCUGCCCGUCCUGAGCUGACCGUGGUCCUCAACCCUGAGAAACCCCGCAGGAACAGCUUCGAGAUCACUCUGCUGGAUGGAGGCAAAGAAACAUCUCUGUGGACUGGCAUAAAGAAGGGCCCUCCUCGUAAGCUGAAGUUUCCUCAGCCUGAGGUCAUAGUUACUGCUCUGCAGGAGGCUCUGAAGGCUGAGUAGACACUGGGUGAAGCCAAGACUUCAGGAGAUGUGGCCUGUGGAAGCAGAAUGAUGAAGAGUGACCAAGGAGAUGUUCUCAGUCUCUCCUCUGAUGAGCCAAGCUCCAACAGCUCACAUCCUCUGGAUACAUGGUGACAUCUAGUGGAUCCUCUUUGAGCCAACACAUCUCUCAAACACAGUUUUGCUGUUUUUUAAAUAAGUGUUUUCCCCCUAUGUCUCAACUGUUUAAUGUUCUGUUAUGUCCGUUUUUGAUAAAUAAAGUGUUUCUUGUUUCUUAUUUGUUA